AUGAAGAAUAUUUAUGUGGAUUAAUAGAAUAUAUAAAUGGUUAACCAUUUUGUACAGUUUGCAAAGAUGAAAAUGCUGAUCCAUUAAAGAAGUGUUUAUAGUGCAAAUAAUAUUUCUUUUUUAAUAAAUAGACUUCUAGAUGCUAAAAAUGUGAUUUAUAAUGUUUAGAAUGUGAAAAUCAAAGUAAUAAUUGUACUAGUUGCAAGUUUUCAAAUCAAAUUACACCAACUUGCAAUUGCAUUUAGUAAAAAAAUAAAACAAAUAUUUGCUAAUGUAAUUAUAAAUGCGGUUCUUGUAGUAGCAUUGACAAUAAUAUUUGCAUUACAUGCUCUUCUGAAAGGAGAGUUUUACCUAACUGCUAAUGCGAUAAACAGUACCAAGAAGUUUAAUAAGAAUGUGUUGAAAUAAAAGUAUUGUGUUCUGACAAAUGUUUAAGUUGCAUCGAUUUUAGUGAUAAUUGUACUAAAUGCUCGUUAAAUAGAGUAAAUCCUCCAUCAUGCUAAUGUAUUUAUGGCUAUUAAGAGUUAAUAGAUGGAUCUUGCUAAAUAUGCUAGUAAGGUACUUUUUAUGAUCCUUAGCUAAAGAUUUGCAAAAAAUGCUCCACUGGGUGCCUCUCUUGCAGUUAUUAGCAGUGCUUAUUGUGUAUGCCUGGAUUUUAAAAGGAAGGAUUUUUUUGUAAUUGUACUGAUUAAUUAUACUAAUAAGAAAAUUAAUAGAUGA